AUGUCGUACGGGAGAGAAGAUACUACAAUUGAGCCUGAUUUUAUAGAACCAGAGGGACCAUUAGCGGUUUCGGGAGGUGCGGCUGACAGCAUUGGCGGAGUUCUACAGACUUCAGGCAGCAGAGGUACGCUCGACGAGACUGUUUUACAGACACUAAAGCGUGAUGUGGUCGACAUCAACUCUAGGUUGAAACAGGUUGUGUAUCCGCACUUCCCAUCUUUUUUUAGUUGCUCAGAAGAUGGUUUGGAGACGAGCGAUAAGGACAUUUCAGCCAAUUGCGAUCUAUGGGCUCCCCUUGCGUUCAUCAUAUUGUAUUCUCUGUUUGUAUCGCAUGCACGGUCGCUGUUCUCGAGUCUGUUCGUGUCUAGUUGGUUCGUUUUACUGGUGAUGGCACUGCAUCUGAGACUGACCAAGCCGCAUCAGAAGGUGUCGCUAAUUUCGUACAUAUCCAUUUCCGGGUAUUGUCUAUUCCCUCAGGUGCUGAAUGCUUUAAUUGCGCAGCUACUACUACCGCUGGUUUUCCAUGUCGGGAGGCAAAACCGCUGGAUUGUGAGGAUCCUGUCGCUUGUGAAACUGGUAGUCAUGGUGCUGUGCCUAAUGUGGUCUGUGGCCGCUGUUUCGUGGGUUACUAAGAGCAAGACGGUUAUCGAGAUAUACCCCCUGGGACUCUGCCUCUUCGGUAUGGCUUGGUUGUCGACCAUUCUAUAA